AAGAAAUUUCUUCAGUCUUCGUGAGGUGUUAUUCGUGUAAACAACUAAAUCGCACGUCUCGUUUGGCUCUUAUAUAUUAGAUCAUACCACUGCUGGUUAUAACAAAGGAAUUUUUUAUUUUGUUCUUCAAAACUUCAACAAUACAAAAUUCCCAAAGGAUUAAAUAACAACUCUUAGACAGAAAAAUAACGGAAAAGAAAAAAUAAAAAACAAAAAGAAAAUUACAACCUAAAUUCUAACUCUAAUAUAGUGUACUUAUGUAAAAUAAAAUUAAUCAUCAAAAAAAGCAAUACCUUUAAUUUAAUAUAUAGUGAGAUAUAUAUUAUACAUAUAUCUAUAUGUGGUCUACUAGAAAAAUUAAAUAUUUAGGAUAAUCAUAUACAAAUUAGUAAAUUAUUUAAAAGCAAACGUUUCAUACCUAAAUCUAUCUAUCUACCACCUCUACCUAGAGUUAUAUCCUUAGAAUCUGUCGACUAAUAAAAGAAAAUUAUUUAGAAGAAGAACAAAAGAAUGUGAGCAGAGCACGCGAUUAUAAUAUUUGUGGCAUUAUUAUUGACGAAAUAAAAAUUCUUGGUGUUUGUUUGUGUUUCUAAUUAGUGAAUUACAAUUUAUUAAAAUUGUUAGUUUUAAUAUCAACAUAAUAUAAUAAAUAUAAUAAUAUAGUGUUAUAGAGUAAAUAUAACGAAAGUAGGUAAAUUAUUUAGGUACAUACCUUACCUACUUACCUACCAAAAAAAAAAACAAAACAAAGUGAAAUUCCAAUUAAGAUCAUGGUUGUAGAUACUUCCUGGAAAUUGGAUUAGAUUUCCAUUUUUUAUUUCAUACAAGUGUGUGUUUGUGUAAACAAAAUAAAAAUACAAUAAAAACCAUCAAAUUUUUUUUUGUGUGGAAAAUAUAAUCGCAUUCAAAUGGAUUUUUUGAGCGUACUGAGCAUAGUACCUGCCUUGAGGAAUGUAAUAUACUUAUGUAUUUCGAGGCAUUCAUAAAAAAAUGACCUCUUCAGGACGAACAUAUUUAUUAGGAAUUCUAAAGGAGAAUAUUGAAACCCACUUAAAUACACCUGACUCAUAGAAUCCCAAAACAUAUAAUUGAAUUUUUAUAUCCUCAUAAAAAAAGAAAGGAAAAUAAAUAAUAUUUCAAACACCACCAACGCAUAGAUCCAAUCAAUGGUCUAUGGCAACCAAUCUAAAACGUUUAAUUCGAAACUACAAAAGCUGUAGUGAUUAUGGCGACAAAAUUAGUUAUUUACCUAUUAUUUUUCGGCUUAUACACAGUCCAAAUCGGAGGCGGCCAAAUGACCAGUGAUCCAGCGCCAGGUCGAUCGCCGGGGCCACCCGGUGGUAUAACGACCAUCGAAGACGAUGCACAUGGCUCAAGUGGAAGUAUAAAAGGUACAACUUUAUUGCUAACCAAGGAUCCGACUGAGAUCGAUGACGACGAGGACGACGACGCGGAUGAUUUGAAUGAGAACGACGGCAACAACAGUGAAGCCAGUGAAUAUUCUAGUGAUUCGGAUUUGAGUAAAUUGAAUGAGAUAAAACCCGACGAAGAUGACUUGCCACCUUCUCUGCUGGAGGACGACGAGGUCAUACCACAUUCGGGUACAAUAAAUGUUCAUAGUGACUCUGAUACAACAGGUGGCGGAGGUGGUGGUGAUGGAAGCAUGAAUAAGCCCUGUGUAAAUGAAUUAAGCGAGUUCUUGAAUGACGCCAUUGUCGUGGAUAAGGACAAUGUCGAUGAAGUCCCAUCACUGGAUGGAAAGAAUAGCAGCAGCGCCAAAGAGAUGUUUGCUGAAGCGAAGAAGAUUCGAAUUAAACUGGAAGUCAUGCAUGACAUGUACGACACAAAGGAGGGGUUAAAUUGUGGCCUGCUUUAUCGUGUUCAAUUGACAUCAUCGCUGGUAGAUGGCGCACCCAUUGCUGGAGAGUUCUUCGUAGAAACCAUUUCGACGGGUAUCAACAUCAAGAAACGAGGGCAUUUUGUGGAGCAUUCUUCGGGCGGCAACAAGUCGCCGAUAUCAUGGUUGAAAACACCACAAAAUGAUGGUGGUGUUGGGGAUGGUAGUGAAAAUUGGGCUUCUGAGGCUGAGAAUAAUAAAGCAAAUGCCAGAGCUCGUAAUGUGGGUGGAACUUUUGUUAGAGGCCAAGGUGUGACGAAUACCUUUCAGCCAUUUGCAAGCCAGUGGACAGAGAACGAUGAAAAGAAUGUUUUAGACGAAGAUAGUGGGAUGAAUGUAGACACGAAGUGUUCUGGUGAUAAUACAUGGCACGGAAGGAAUGAAAUACUCAGAGGUGAAGGUGUCUCCUCAACUUCUGAUGUUAAUAAACAAAAGGAGACCGGAUCUCAGAAUUUAUGGAUUCUAAAUGAGUCUUGCGACCAAGAUGACAUUGUUGAAUUCAGAAUAUUUUUUCGUCCUGCCACCACAAGGACAAUUGUCAACCACAACUUAAACAGACGAGAAACUUCUUCUUCUUCAUCAUUGCAUUUGGUCGUAAUCAAGACUGUAUUUUCAUUUAAGAUUGCAAAAGACUGUCAACUUACUCUUCGAGAAACAUCGGGUACACUCAACCACACAACGUUACCAUUCUACAGCACCGAUUGUACGGUGCACUUUCCGUCCUUCCAGAUGGCCACACUUGGCCAACUACCACCGGGUAUCCUUGUCGAGCUGACACGCCUCAAUGUGCCAUGCAUCAAUGGGGGUUACUUAAAAUUCAGCAACCAUUCACAGCUGUGCGGCAAACUCGAAGAGCUCUCGCUAAACGAGCGGACGUAUCAUUUUGAUGUGCUGCGAAAAACUAGUGUUAAGAUUUAUAAAAACCCCAUGUUUAGCUUAAAUUAUAAAUUAGUCGAUUUCUGUUAUAACGUUUCGUUGAACAACGAGAGCGGCCAAUUUUACGUGCGUCCGACGCGACCCGAAUCAUUCGAGUGUUAUUUUCGUAUUCAUCUGCCGUACGGAAAUCGUAUUCAAUUACAAUUAGUUACGAAUAACGAUAGCGAUGUAGUGAAUUCGAACUCAAAUCCUAGCCCAGCAGAGGGCGCCACCACCACCAACACAAUCACCACUUCUUCCUCCACCACAACGACAACACAAACGGCGGCAAACGACCGUGACGCCACCACGAUUUACACGAGCCUAGGUCUAAGUAUCGAAACCAAUAUUGUUAAUCUAUCUUUAAGUUCGCAAAAUGAAGAAGUCUUUGUCAAUAGAACGAUGCAAGAGUCCUUGUUGCGGGGUCCUUCGGGUUCGGACUCGAACAAUAAUAAUAAUAAUAAUAUGUACAAUAGUGAUACUGGAUUUGCCUCGGAUGAGAGCCCAUUAGGCAAAGUACCGGCCGAGUGCCACGGGGUUGUGAUAAAAAUAUUCGAAAACGAUUCCGCCAAAUGGACGCACUGUGUAAAUAGUACAAGUGAUGUUAGUGGAUUCUUUGUCGAAUCCUCGGGGAAUACGCUGAAUGUUCAUCUAUUUCGACCGGUUAGACUGAAAAUGUUUGAAGCUCCUAUGCCUGGUGUCUUUGGUCAAAGUCAGCCGGUACAGGAUGAUAAGGAAGAACCUAAACUUACGCAACUGCCGUCGAUUUAUUUGUCGUAUGCGACAAAACCAAUUGCAGAAAUUGUUGCAGACUGUGCCUUCGGUUGGAUUGCUCUGCAACAAUUCUGUGUAUCUGCCAUAGAAAAGCCCCAGCCCUGGAUUGAGGGUGAAAAAUAUUGCGCUAGCCUGGGAGGGCAUUUAGCAUCGAUUCGUAGUAAGCUGGAACAAAGCAUAAUCGAUAACUUACUUAUAAAUAGUCCUGGAUACCAUGACCACUUUGCCUACUGGGUAGGAGGUUCAGAUAAAAAUUUCGAAGGCGAUUUUCGAUGGACUGAUGGACUUCCAUUUCAGUAUACAAAUUGGUUUCCAGGUUGGCCACAGCAUGGUAACUAUAAUAAACAACCCAAUGAUGACGGUCUUAGCAGCCAGGAUUGCAUUGAAUUGCGGCGUUAUUUUCGAACUCCCCCCGGAAUUCAAUCAACUCGUAGCCCGAUGACAAAUAAUUUUAUGUGGAACGAUCGGGAUUGCAAUGCCAACAAUUUUAUCAUCUGCGAGAGACCAAUGAGUGAUGAAACAUAUCGCAAGAACUGGGUAAACGACUGUAAUAAAACAGUAUCACUGACAAAGGAACAUCCUAGAGCAUCGGUAUGGAGUCCUUCGUUCCCUCGGCAGUAUCCGGACAAUGCAAAUUGUUUCACCACAAUAACCGCACCCAGUGGCUAUCGAAUAGUUCUGGAGUUUGAAGAACUGGUCAUCGAAAGUGAACAGGGUUGUACGUACGAUUAUCUGGAAGUAACCGAACCAACCAUCAACGGCAACAGUCCGCACAUGGGCAGUUUUAAUAUUGAACAGAAAUUUACAAAAUCUUCCAGGCAUGGAAACAAUAACAAAAACAAAAUGCCACUUUUUACCAACAGCGCCAGCAGCGGUGUUAACCUAAACACAAAUACAAAUACUAAUCGAGACUUUCAGCAGCAGCGAAAUUCUUAUGAGAACCCUAGCCUUAGUUUUACUUCUAGCCACAUGAAUGAAAAUAGUUUUAACAAUUUUAAUAUCGCUCAAUCUAACUAUCAGAAUUUGUUGAAUAUCUUUUCGAAUCUCUACAAACCGCAUGCGAAUUUUUUAAUACAAACUCCAGACUAUCCGAAAGGCAACACCUACUACCCGACGGGGAAGAACAGCAAACCGGAAGCUCUACCGAAACGAUUAUGUGGUGAUUGGAGUUCAAAGUUGAAACUAUUACGACACAUAUCGGUUGGAUCGUAUUUGGGUUUGCAUUUUGUCUCGGACUAUUCACAUCAUUUUGGUGGAUAUAAGGCGAAAGCUUUUAUGGAAAAUAGAAGUCACCUGCGUGGUGCUUCGGAAUGUGCCAAUGAAAGACUCCGACCAUAUAAUGGUUCGUGUUAUCUAUUCGUAUCAUAUCCAGAAGCUGACUGGGGAACAGCUCAACAAGUCUGUAAUGGCAUGGGUGCUAAAUUAUCAUCUGUCUCUUCUGCCGAUGAGCAUAAAUUUAUUACUUCAAAUAUUCGAAAUCACAUCGAUUAUUCACCACAGCUCGUUUAUUGGCUUGGAGCUGAAUUAGAGAAGAGUGGCCAAUUUGAAUGGAUCGAUGAUACUAAGAUGAACUUUCAGGGUUGGUUACCGGGACAAGGCCAAUUUGAUCAAAUCCCCCACGAUCCCACAUGCUUGGGGUUGCAAUGGAAAAUGUCACCAACCCCCAUGCUGCCAUCCGGUCUUUACUGGCAGUCACAAAAAUGCAACAGAGUUGGCGGCUAUGUCUGCAAGAAACCCAAAGAGUCCUUUAGUGAAUAUGCUCUAAGUAACUCGACAGUAAUGGGAACCGAAGGAAGACUUAUCUCACCAGCUUACCCCAAUGCAUAUCCGCACAACAUCGACUAUUGGAUUCACAUAAGAGCACCUGAACGAACUCGCAUUAUAGUGCAAUUUCAAAAGAUUGACCUGGAAGCACAGGACGAGUGUCUGUACGACUUCAUUAGCAUUCAAAACUACGAGUUAGUAUCGAAAAUCUCUCUCGAACCGGGCACAAAUCCCAUCCCGAUGGCCAUGUUCGCUGAUGAACGAGAAUUUAAUGAAGUGCAAUACGAAAGUAAUCACUUCCCAUCAUAUACCAGGCGAACACGAAGUCUACCACCAGAAGUGAACUUGAACCUUCACAGUGUAAGCUCAACCAACCCCGAUGAGGAUUUAAUGGAUCGCCUCAAAAUGCAAAUGAGAACUGUGCCAGAUUCGGUGGCGUCCGCGUCAAUCGCGGAUAUCCUAUACAAAAGAUUGCAACAAGAUGACAGCGAAACCUUCAACUCGGCAGCAAAAGCAACAGCAGAUGACAGUAACAGUGUCAGGAAAAAAUCACAACACCCACCACUAUCUCCAUCGCUAACACCAGCAGCGCCAUUGAACGACAAUGAAAACCACGCAAAUAAAGUACUAUUAAAUCCAAAACGACAUCGUCGAAAAAAUCUGCCGGAAAUUGAAAAUAAAUUACCACAACAUCGUAAAGAGGAACAGAAACAGAAACAGAAACGGCAGCGGCAACAGCAGCGCCAUCAUCAUCAGCAGAAGCAGGAGCAUCAUUUAAGUAAGCGCAGCACCAAUCUGAGGACGAUUCCUCCUGCUGACAAUGCACAAUCGUUUUUGCCGUACGUACGCUGGUGCGGAUCGCACGACUCGAAUAUGUCGAAAUUCGAUUUUGUGUCCAGCUCGAAUCAGGUCGUCCUCAAUUUUCACAGUGACUACUCGGUGACGGGCCUGGGGUUUGCAGCCGUUUGGAAAGCAAUCGAUAUGUCCGGCUGUCCCAUGCAAACUCUGACCUCGCGAGAAGGCACCGUUUUAAGUCCAAAUUAUCCGCAUUUUCUGUUGAACAAUUUGAAUUGUGCGUAUGUCAUUCAAGCGCCGAUGGGUCGACGUGUCUGGUUGGAAUUUAUUGAGUACGAUUUGCUGACCGAUACUUUAUUGGAGGUGGACAUUGGAAAUGGUUAUUUUCGACCCUUUCGGACGAGAAAUCAUGUGAAUGAAGGUAUUUUCGUGAGCAUUCGAGAGCAAAUCCGAGUUCAGCUGCGGACCGGUCAGAGGCCACGUGGAAGGGGAUUUCAAGCUGUUUACCAUACAGUUGCCCAAAUGGAAAAGGACCGAGUGAUAAACCUUACAAACAAUUUUACCGGCUAUUUGUACCAAUUGAAUUACCCCCACAAUUCACCGGAAAACGUUGAUUUCACUCAGCAUCUGGUUGCGCCGUUCGGCGACAAUAUACUCCUCGAACUGCAUGGAGUUGAGUUUAGUGACAAUGGUUGCCCGGGCAAUAAUGUAAUUGAGAUAUACGAUAACUAUGCCGACUACAAUGGUACCAAGUGGCAACUAUGCAAAUACCCAAAUUUAACUCAGCUAGACGAUGAACAAUAUGUUGGCAUCAGCAAGCCAGAGCAUCAGAAACUACAGCAACAGCAAAAGCACGAUUAUCCUUUGGAACCGCAAUUGGCCCCAGUCUACAUAACAUCAUACCUGAAUACAUUACACAUCCGGCAGAGGACUUACUCCAAAUCAGAUAUCAAUUUGAAUGGAACCGUAAGGAUCCAACAAGAUAAUAACUACAAACUAAAGCUGGCUUCAGGUGACAAGUCAGUAGAGUCCUGUCAGCUUAAUCCUUGUCAAUUCAAUGGAAAAUGUGUCGCUAAAAAUGGAAAAAAUCACUGCCAGUGCCAUGGACACUAUACGGGAAGAUUCUGCGGAUUGAAUUCUUGCGAAUUGGAGCCCUGUGUUUUUGGAAAGUGUGAAUUAACUGCUACAAAUUUUAAGUGUCAUUGUCAACCUGGAUACCAAGGAAAUACAUGUGAACAUAAAAUACGACCAUGUGCUGAUAAUCCAUGUGAGGGGCGUGGCACAUGCUUCGAAAGAAAUGGUGGAUAUUUUUGUCGCUGUCAUGCAUGGUGGGAAGGACAUCGAUGUGAACGUCGCAUGUUGCAUAUUCCUUACAAACCACUCUCUGAAAGAAUGCUCCAGGAGCCAUUUUGGUUGGGACUCAUAACGGUUUUUGUCGUUCUACUGGCCAUUGGCUUGGUGUGGUGCGCCAAACGUCAUUUUCCCGAGAAAAUUGAAAAACUUCUCGCCGAGGAAGCCGACCGUAAUAGACCACCUGGUUCAGUACAUGGACAUCACCAUCACACAUCACUUCGAGAGCAAUUGCAAUUUACUACAGCCAUACCUCAGUCAACAACUAAUGUCGCGCCGGGGGCGCCACGGUCCAUAUUCAACAGAUUGGGUAUAAGAAAACCGUCUCUUUUGAGCCUCAGCAGCCCCAAUCCCACCGGAGGGGCGACAGCCCGUACUUUUUCGCUAGAUGAUUUAUUACGACCGCCUCCCCGACGUUCUCCCUCACCACGAAAAAAACGCAACAACUCAACACCAGUCAAAAAGAAUGCAGCCGAAAAGAAACAAAUCCUUCAACAGCUAGUCUCACCAGCUGCCAAUCCUCCGAAACCCAAAGUUAGUCUAGGCGAAUUGAUUCAAAUGUCGGAAAAUCGGCUACGUGCUGUCGGCACUCAGGACUCGGGUGAAAGUGGUGGCGAUAAGGAAACAACUUUCUCAGAAAAUUCCGGAUCAGUUGCAUCAUCAUCGGCAGCAGUAGCUGUUACAAGUGCAAUCAAUGAUCCUAAGUUGGAGAAAAAAGUGACAUUUGCUCGAUUGCUGAAUAAGGUUUCAGCUGAAAUGAGUUCGGGAUCGGAAAUUGAUGUUGGACAUUUUACACGGAAUUCAAGCGCCCUAAGUCUACCAACUGACAUCCAAUUCCGAGCUAGUUCUAUGCCCCCAUCACCAUGCACAAAUGACAUGCGUUCACCGCACAGCACCUCAUCAAAUCAGGGAAGUGAUUCAUUGUCCAGUUCUGAUCUCGCACUAACCGACAUCGGAAUGCGAAAUAUAAUGCAAUUUCAAAACAUCAGUCGCAAUCGAUCGCGUCCGAAAGUUUCCAGUGCCGAUUCAAUAUUGGCGAUGUUUCGUAACUUUGCCUCGACAACAACAACUGCCUCAAACACUGCAACAAUACCAUCCAAUUCAUCAACAUUUAUGUCACCAUCAACAACACCGACUGCCUCUAGUCCCCAGGAUGAUGUUCCCGGCGAUGAUGAGUCAACAACAUCCUCAAUGCACACACCAGUCAGUUUCUCGUCGAGCGGUGCUCCGGACUCGCCAGUAUUCUAUAGGCAAACAACUAUCGAAGUACCUGUCCUCGAUGCCCUAAGCGCCCACAAGACCAACGUCACAAACUCAAAUCUUCUUCACCCACCGACAGUUCUACUCGAGAUCCCAAGCAAUGGAAUCAAUAAGUGCCUAUCGCCGAUCCGUGAAAUGCCAACGCCAAUACCGUCCCCAGCAUUAACACCCAUCAUGCCAAGGCCACAGCGAUCGAUAAGUCCGAUUUUCCAGGACGAUCAAAUAUCGGCAAGUUGUAGCGAUGACGACGAUCGAAGCAGUGACAACCAAAUUUCGGCAAGUAUAUUCUUGGACCUUGGCCAGAACGAGAGCUUCAUGAGCCAUUUAAGCCGCGAAUCAGAGAAUAGCACACCAACCGAAAUGUUCACUACCUUCAAGGCGGACGUGCACAACCAAAUGUCUUUCAAAUGUCGAUUGCCACAGUCAUCUAUGCAGCCGCAGCAACAACAGCAGCAGCAACAAAAGUCACCAACAUUCCUUAUGCCUAGUAUCACCAUUGACAUUGAACCACCAACCCCUGAAGAGAAAACACCACGUCCUAGAGAUUUAAUCAUACCAACUUUAACAGUGGAACAACCUAGUCCAACGAAAAAUUGUUUCCCUCGGAAUGUCUUCCCUGGAUCACCGCCACCUCAACGUGCAAGCAUCGGCGAGACUAGUUUCAUGUUUCCUAACAAACAGCAACAGAAAAGAUUGCUGAAACAAUUCGAGAAGCCUACAUCUCUUGACCUGCAGUUUGUGCCACCCACGAUUACAAUUACGUCGAAUAUGAGCGAGCUUGAGUCUGAUACGGAACCACUUUCGCCUGCCCCUAAGACAGGUGGACCAGGAUCACUCUUGGCACCUGGCAACCCUGGUAUGUGUUACCUUAGUCCGUUUACGAUGUGCAGUCGAGCCGAUCGCACCAUAUCGGAGAGUAAUCUCAGUUCGUCAGGAUACUCAAGUAUGGCAAGUCCAGGCCCAAGUCGCUGUGGAUCGAGCAAUCCACUGUGUCCGAACGAAAUGGACGAACCUGGCAGUGGGCAUUCUGGGCCGAGUUUGUCACUCCACGCCAGCCUUCUGAGUCGAAGGAAGAACGCUGCUUUGGCCAGCUGCAAAGAGAACAUCACCAAUGGAAAGCAUUCAGCAUCUAAUGAUGAUCACCAAGAAAGACUGCGAGCCCGAUCCGAUUCCGAAACUAUGUCAGAUGAUAUUCUACUCGAAUCCAAUGACGAGGGAAUCGGAACGGAUCAUGUUGAUGAAAAACUUGAUGACAACCGUAAUAAUGGCGGGCAACAACUAGGAGUUUUCAUCGAAGAACAAAUACUUGUCGAGGUUGAGGAGCCCGCUCCAGCGCCAGUCACUCAAAUGGCACAACUACAACUCCCACAAAUUGUCAUACAGAUAGAUGGAACUGACAAGGGGUUGUCACCGGUUUCGUCACGCUCGGAGAGUCCACUGAGUGAACGUGCUGGCAUGGGCCGUUUCUCUCCUCAUUUCUAUGGUCGUAAAGACCAGCUACCAUUUACUGACUCCGAUGGUCUCUAUGAUUUUCCAUCUUCCGAUGGUAAAGCAAGCACUUACAGCCAUCAACGGAGGAGUAGCAGUAAAAAGCGGGAACGAAAACUCUCCAAAUCAGGCUGUACACAGUCACCAACAAAGAAUCAAAAUGAUGUGUCGGCAAAAGAUUCCAGCACACCGACUACAAGUAGCCACGUCUGUUCGAAACACUGUCGAUCCUAUCAUCAUUCAUGUCCCGUCAACGCAGUCACAGCGAGAAAAAGUCCCAAAAGACGGCCGGUCAAUAGACAUCCUGUGGCAAGUAGUAGUAGCUCUUCAGAAAGUUUGACAUCUACCAAGGAUAUGACAAUCCGAUCGAUGCCUAGACGACUGAACUCACCAAAUAGGGAGAAAAGACUCAGAAAACACGAUAGCAAUAGUGAGGAUGACGCCGCUGAUGCACUUCUGCGACGAAUGUCUCCAAGCAUUGUAAGCACUGAAAAUAACCAAAUACAACCACGAUGUAAAAUAAAUCGCCUUCGGGCAAUAGGAAAUCAAAUUAGAUUCUUAAGACGCCUUGAAAAAUCAAUUAAAACCCGUGAACGUCUUGUAUCGCCAUCAGACAGUUGCGCUGAGGAAAACACUGAUGACUUGGACUCCCCACAAGCCACAUCUCCUCUCCUACAACCAACAUCACCAAAUCGAACAAAAAUGGCAUUAUGUCGUCAGAACCGUAUUCCUCCGGGAACUUACAGUUUAACAAAUUCAGCUGUUCUCAAUCCAGGCAACUGGAAAGGAAGAGACCGCAGUAUUAUCACCGCAGAUGUUAAUAGUGAUUAAAAUUAUGAACAAAAUAUAGUAUUUUAUUCUAAAUGGCGCCCAACAAAAAACAACAUUCUUAAUUCUAGAGUUGAAUUUUUUGAAGUUUACAGGACUUAAGAAAUAAAAAAAAGCAAUAGUUUAAGGAUAUAUAAUUUACUAAAUACUAUGAUUGACGUUUGAGCAAACAAAAAAUAGUAACACAAAAUUAAAUGGCGCCCAACGCAAGCCAAUUAUUUAAUGAGUUAAGAUAAAAAGCACUUUCUUAGAUGUAUAAUCGCAUUAGAAAAUCUGCAACAAUUUCUAAAACCAGUGCACCUAAAAAUAGUGUUAGUUUUUUUAUAAGUACAUAAGUUAGCAUAACCAUAGAAAAACAAAAAUUAUAGAGCACUUUUAAGCAUGGGUGUAAAUAGCCACUUUUCAAAAAUUAUAGACCUUAAACAAAAUAAGCACACCGCACGAAAACUUAACAAAAAAAAAAACAAUAUUUUAUAAUUCUUCGAAAUUAACCUAUAAAAAAAAAACAAAACUGUAAAUAAAAAGUAUAGAAUAAGCAAUAUAAACUUAAACGUGAUAUGUGAUAAGAAUCUCUGCGCUUAAAUAGCAUUAAAUUCGUGACACUUUACAAAAAUAUAUUAUUUUUGAACUAAAAUUUAAAAACAAAAACUACAUAUUUUUUCUUUUUAAGUUUUGUCUAAAAAAAAAAACUUUUUACAACAAAAAAAAAUGAUCUACUAAACAUGUGUUCAUCAUCACGUUAUUUAAAACAAAUUUUUGUUGUUUAUAAUUUAAUAAAUAAAAAUAUUAUUGACAAAAUAUUGUAAGAAAAAUAAAAAUAAAACAAUUUCAAAACCUUGGGAAAAUGAGGACAAUCGUUUAAUCACUUUUAUCUAUAUUUUCGCUUUUGCGUGCAUAAACUCUUUUGUUGCAAUAUUUCAGUGUUAGAUAUUUAUUUUAGAAAUAAUGAAAAAUAUAUUUAAAAUAAUCAGCGAGUCUUGUGACAUAAUUAUCUAAUGUACAUAAUAUUUUCUGACCAUUGAUUGUAAAUCUCUUAAGUAUAAGGUGCAGGUCAAGGAACACACAUGGUAAUUCUUUUUUCUUUUAUGCGUGAAAAUAAUUAUAGAAAAUUACUUUUAAUGUUAGCUUUAAACAGUCAUUAAUAAUGGAAAUAUUUUACUUUUUAAAACGUUUUUGUUUCUUUUCAUUUGAUGUUCACGGAAUUUUGAAAGGCCAAUCCUAGCAUCGGGUUUCGAAAAACUCUAUGUUAAAAAACCCUCAUAAUGUGUAUUUAUUUUCCAAACCAAUUGUUAUUAUUUCUUUAGCUAUCCUUACAGCCAAUAUAUAAAUUCAAAAUAGUUUUCUGAGCUCUCUUUAAAAAUGUCCUCAUUUUUGUUCCCAAUUGAGUUAAUUUCAAAUACUAUCCAUAUUACAUGUUAUUAACCCCCGUGUGUUUUUGAAGAGAAGAAGUAACAGAAAUAAUGUUGCCAUUUUACAAUGUUUUGGUAGAAUUCAGAAUGAAUUAGUUUAAAUUGUUUUAAAAGCAUAGGUAAAAAAAGAAAGAUACUGUACAUGUUCUAUAUUGUUUUAUAGAAAACUUUAAAAGAAGCUGAUUGCAAAACCCUUGAAGAUCUUCUGUGUUCUGUAAUUGUCAAGAAUUCUUCUGUGUAAAUUAUAUCGUGUUUUCUCUAGAACUAGUGGAGACUCAGAUACCCUAUAAAUGUCUCAUACAAACAGAACCAUUUUGAAUCAUUCUGACCAUCGACAUACUAUACAUGGACUGCUAGUAGCCAACUUCACGAUGGUUCCACUUUUAACGGACAAAACACUAGCGCAAAGAGGGCUAUGCGGAUAAAUUGUGUAACAUUUAAUACUCACAGCCACUGCUGUCGUUCUUGCUACUAUAGAAGUAUUUUACUAUUUUCAGAGUCAACUGUUACUCUACCCACGGACGAAAACUACUCCCCAAAAUAAAACGGAAAAGAAAUUUGUAUUUGGUUUACAAUAAAAAUUUGAAAUAUAAUGCCCCAAUAAUAGUGCAACAACAGGAAGAAAAUUUUCAGACGUAAGCCUUAUAAAAGAUAAAAAACAAAAUCACUCAAGGUAGAAACGGUGAAUGGGAAUGCCCUACUUACUGCUAAGGAACUUCUUAAAAACAAUUUCACCGAAAAAUGGGAGCCAUCGAAAACUUUAAUCUAGAAUAACAAAACAUUGUAUAAGGCGCCAGUUAUAGCUAUCAUUGGUUUUCAUCAUUGAAAACAAACAUUGGAACUUUUUUAACAGGUCGUCUAUAGCUAUCCUUAAACAUUUCUGUCAUUAAAAAAAUUUCCCGAUUGAAAUCCACCGACAAAAUUUUACUGAGUGAAAUCUAUCAUUGCAAUUGUGUGAAAUUAGAACACAAAUCAGUGGAAUGAUUCCUUUAACAUUUGAACAUAAAGUAUCAGCUGUUCAGGAAAAUGAAUUUUCGUCCGUUGUAGAGAAAAAUAAAUGCGCAGUUACACUUUUUUUUCUCAAAAAAAAUUCUUUGUGUGAUUUCCAAUGGAUGAUUAUAUAAUUUUCAUUUCAAGUUCUAAAACCCCUUAAUGUUUGUAACUGAAAAUAUGAAACAUCGAAUUUACAAUCAUGAAUUUAAUUUAUUCAUGAAUAUUCAAAAAUGUAUGUUGAUGUAAAAUAUAAUUUUAAUUGUCGAUUUCUUAUUUAAUAAACAAAAAGUAUUGAAUUUAAAUUAUUUAUUUCAACCAUAUUAUUUUAAAAUGUUGGCCUUUAAGCAGUGAAAGCAAAAAUUUGGUCCGACAUUACAUCCCUCUAUUUGUCUGUUUUCGGAACAUUAACCUUCGCAAUAGGCUAAUUAACUUCGAAUUUGGACAUUAUUAUUUUCAGUUUUUAAUUUUAUUCAGGGGCCAAGCAUGUGUUUGUUGUUUUUUUUUGUUUUACUCCUUAUUUAAGAAAAUACUCCCCAAAGUGAUAGAAAAAUACUACUCUUGAAAUUUUUAAAACGACAGCACUGCUCACAGCAAAAAAAACAUGGCAUCGUUGGCUUCAACAAAUUAUACUAGAUGUCAAUAGUUUCUAUGUCAGAAAAAGCUUAUCUCAACUAAAUACAAAACAGAUGUCGCUAAAUAUUUCAUACCCUUUUUUUGCCACUGAGCCUAAAAGGGGUAGUGUAGCUAAUUUAAAGUGGAACCAUUUUUAUUAAAAUUUUGUAUGGAAAAUUCACACCACUAGCAGUCCAUGUAUAGUAUGUCAAUGAUUCUGACAAUAGAAUCUUAGUUCUUUUUUAAUUCAGAGGUCAGCUCCGAGCAGAGUCUGAGCGAGCAGAGUAGAGUAGACUAGAGUUCUGAGCAGAGUAUGUUCGGAGCUCUCUGAUUUAAUUAUGAAACAACUUGAGCACUAAACUGUCAUGAUUUUACAUGUCUUCUGUUUGAAGGCGUUCAAAAUUUUCUUUAAUCAAAUAAAACACGAAUUUGAAGCUCUGAACGAUCAGAGCUCAAAAAGAAACACAAUUAUUCUUUUGACAGUUCGAGCUUUGGUCUGAACAAAAAAAGAAAAACGCCAAAUAACAAAUUGUAAAGUUAAACGUCAAAAUGACAGUUUGUUUUUAUUCUGCAUUUUUUUAUAAAUUAUUUGAUUUAAUUAUUCAAAUAAAAGACGAAUUUCUGUAAUGAAAAGAUUGACUAAGAAAAAUUUGUCUUCAAAAAAAUCCAAUCUAAAGAGACGGUUAUUUACUUUUUAUUUAAAUUUAAUACAAAAAAUUUAAUAGAAAACAUUGUUAAUGAAGAAAGAAAUCUCAAGAUAUUAAAUAUUUUCUUUCUUCUUUCUUCAAAAGGAGCUGACUACAAAAUAGUUGACGAUUUUCCUUGUUUUAUAAUUAUAAUGCGUUUCUUCUUGUAGGCUAUUUUGGACUUUUGUGGUUAGAUAUCAGAACUGGGGGUGCCUCAGAUACCCUAUAGAACACGGCCAUUUUGAAAUAAUUCUGACAUCGGAAUAUUAGUUCCCAAUAACACAUUUUUCAGUAAGACGUCAAAAUAUUGGUUUGUUACUGUUCUGCACGUUUUUCUUAAGUUUUACUCCAUUAUUCAUUAUUAAAAACAAAAAUUGACUAGGAACAAAUCUAUCUCAAAGUUAAAAUCCAAUCUAAAGAGGCGGUUAUUUACUACCAAAGGCAAAAUAGUUAAUGAAGAAAGAAAUCUCAAGAUAUCAAAUAUUUUCUUUAUUAUUUGGUAGUAAAUUUGAAAAGGAACAAAUUGUUCAGUUAAACGUCAACAUGACAGUUUGUUUUUAUGCAGCACUUUUUUAUAAAUUAUUUGAUUUAAUUACUCAAAUUAAAGACGCAUUUCUGUAAUGAAACCAUUGACUAAGAAAAAAUGUUUCUUCAAAUGAAAAUUCAAUCUAAAGAAAUGGUUAAUUACUUUUUAUUGAAAUUAAAUACCAUAGGAAAAAAUAGUUAAAGAAGAAAGAAAUCUCAAGAUAUUAAAUAUUUUCUUUAUUAUUUGGUAGCAAAUUUGAAAAGGAGCUGACUACAAAAAAGUUGACGAUUUUCCUUGUUUUGUAAUCAUAAUGCGUUUCUUCUUGUAGGAUAUUUUGGACUUUUGUGGUUAGAUAUCAGAACUGGGAGUGCCUCAGAUACCCUAUAGAACACAGUCAUUUUGAAAUCAUUCUGACAUGGGAAUAUUAGUUCACAAUAACACAUUUUUCAGUUAGGCGUUUGGUUGUUACUGUUCUGCACGUUUUUCUUAAAUUAAUUUACUCCAUUAUUCGUUAUUAAAAACUUUAAUUGACUAAGAACAAAUGUAUCUCAAAGUUAAAAUCCAAUCUAAAGAGGCGGUUAGUUACAGCUUUUUACUUUAUUGCAUUAAUUAAUGGUCUUGGAACCCUAAGCUCUUAACAAGAUUUCAAUGCAUAAUGGGGAUGUAAAAUUUAAAAUAAAAAUUUUCAGACAUUAAGUAUUUUCAUUUUAAUAAUUCUCUAAAGGGUUUUCAACAAGUUGACUUAGAGCACUCAUCUUAAUUUUUUUGUUGAACAGAAUAUCUAAUCGCUGCAAUGCGUAUUUUAAAUUAAACUGCAAUCAUCCUAUAUUUUUUGCUAUACAAAGAAAACAAACUCAAACGGGUAAACUAUUAUAGUAUAUGUAUGUAGUAGGUAUAUAAAAUCUUUUACAGAUACAAAAUUAAAAAAAAAAUUAUUAAAACUAAAAUAAAAAAACAUUUUUGUUCAAAUGUUUAUGGUAGAGAUAUAUAAAAUACAAAAAUUAUUCAAAAUAAAUAACAAUAACUGUCCCAUUUACGAAAAUCGCAAUUUUUAAAAAUUAUAUAAUAUUUUAUUAUUCAUGCCAUAAAAUUCACUGUACCAUUAAAUGUAGAUAAAUUUCUAUCAAUUUCGUAAUUAGGACAGUUCCUUCCAAAGCAUUAUUAAUUCAACUACUCGUAACACAACAUACAAAUAAUCAUCGGCAACCUUUCUACUGCUUACCCCAUCGAAUUAAAUUAAGAAUAUAAGUUAAAUAAUAUUAAAAAAUAAUGUUUAAAUAAAACAAAAGAAGGAAAUAUUUAAAAAAAGAAAAAAAAAAAACGUAUUUGAACUUAAACAAAAAAAAAAACACUAUAUAAAUCGCAUUAACUUUAGGCGAAGAAAGAUUUAAAUGGCUUGUAUUGAGACUGAUUUUGUAAAAAUUGUAAAAGAAACAAAAAAUAAUAAUAAUUACUAAAAUUCAAACAAAAACUAUAUAGAUCUAUAAAUGGCAAAUAAAAUAAAAUAUAAUGUAUGUUUUAUUAAAUUAAACUUUUAUUAAAAAUAAUUCAUUAUGCACAACAUGUUAAAUAUUUUUCGACUAUAGAGAUAUAUUUGCAAAAUGAAAAAAAAAAAACAAAAAAUAAACAACUAAAUAUUUAUUCAUUUACAUACCUACCACCUAAUUUACACUCAUCAAAUAGAAAUUAAAACAAAAAUAUUAGGUAAAUGUAGUAAAAUAUAUUUAGAAGAGAAAAAAAAAUAAAUAAAUAAACAUUUGCACUUUUCAAAUUUAACAUUAAAAUUCUUCGUACAACUGCAGUUUUAGUUUUAGGACUCUGUGAUAAAACUUGAAAGAAAAUGUUAAUGCUAAAUUUUACGAUACAUUUUGACAAUAUAUGAUACAAAAUAUAUUAAUUUUUAUUUAUUGUUUCUUUAUGAAGCUGCUGCAAACAGAAAAGUAUCCAAUCAAUAGAUAUUAUUAUUUAAACUUUGAUGUUUGAUUCAAUAAGUGUUACAUAUGGAAUUUUAAAAUCCUUUCCCUACCUUAUUUUUCUUGUUCAGAGUCAUUACCUUCAGCUUGGGUGAAGGUACGUAAUUGGUGUUGGUGAGAAGGUAAAAUGUUAAAGUUAAAAACAGUUUAGAAGAAAAUAUAAAUUUUAACAUUAAACAGUAAAUUUUCUAAGAAAAACAUAUAACAAUAAAUAAAAUAAUAAGAUUGAAAAUUUAUCUUAUAACUUGUAUAAGUCAGUUUGAUUUCAUCUAGAUCAAAGAUUUGAAGUUAAUAUAUAAGGAAAUAAUGAUUUCUUUUACCAAAUGAGUUAAAAAGGUACAAUUAAUAAUAAUUGUAAUUGAAAAAGUAUGAAUUUCAAUAACUUGUAAUUGUAAUUUAAAAAAUUCACUUACUAGUUACAUGUUUUUGAAAAUUGUAGUAUUUUUAUUCAAGCUUUUGAAAGAAUACACUUUUAAAUUGCAGUCAAUAGAAUGGAUUUCGUUGUGGAAUUAUUAAUUCAAAACAUAACGAAUAAAAUAACUUAGAAUUUCAAUUUUUAUUAUUUUUUAUUUAUUGCAAAAAUGUACAAUUUCAACAAAUUUUUUUGUAAUAUCGCUCAAAAGUGCUUUAAAAAAAGUUACCAUUAUUGUUUUGUAUUUUUAUCAUUAGUUUUAUUUUCAACUACGUUUAUGUAAUUAAAUUUCAAGGAAUUGACGAUUUUCAAUUACAUGUAAUUAAUAAUUGACGCUUUUCAAUUACAUGUUUUUAGUUUUUGAAAUUCUUCAAUUAAAUUUUAAAGUAAUUGAAAAGUGUGUGGACUUUUAAAUUGCAAGUUAUUGUAAUUUAAUUUUGUUAGUAAUAAUCAUUUGUUCACAAGUCUCAAUUCAGUUAAUGAUUGAUAAAGAAUCUCUCAAAGCAAUUUUUUUAUAUCAGAGUCCUCUUCUUUAUGUAAUUUUUAAUCUCAAGAAUUUAAGGAGUCUCUGCAUAAAUAUACACAAAUUUGAUCAAAACGACGCGAUGUCUAAAAGAAAACAUUAAUGUGCAAUAAAUACACCUUAGUACAUUUUUUGUUAUUAAACUUUAAAUGAACGGUAGUUAAAACUUAAAAAUGCAGAAAACUAAUCUGAUAUGUAACGAAACGCAUUUAUAAGGUGAUUUAGUGCUAACUAACCAAAUUUAUUGAUUGAACUCGAAUCUAGAAGUCUAUUAAAAUACUGCAAAUCAAAAAUAGUAUACAAAAAAUAAAUUCCUUUAUUUUACUUCUUUUCCGUCAAAGAAAAAAUUGCUAUUCAAACUAUUUCCAUAGACACCUGGUAGGCGGUAAGAUGGAAAUUCAUCCCCCCUGAAUUUAAGCCUGGUCACUUUUUAUUAAAUUGAUUUUCUACCCAAGUUAUAAAUUUUUCUUUUUCAAAAGAAUUAAAUGAUAUGCCGAAUCGUUGAAUAAAAUCAAUUUUUUCGUAUUCUCUUUAAAAAAAGUUAACUUAAUUUUAGUUUUAUCUUCCUUGAACGAUAACAGGCCUUUGACUUAUUCCUUGUAACACUAUUAAACCCUUUAUCUCUUCGAUUUCCUUCUAACUACCAACAACAAUGUUAACACUUCAGGUUUAUGCCAAAAAUGCACAUUUCAUGGGCAUACAAUAUCAAAAUAAAAAUAUUCCAAACAUCAAUAAAAACUGCAACAGCUUAAAAAUUAAAUAUUUAUGCUUUCGUGUAAAUAUACUAAUCCAUUAACAAUAACAAUAACAACAAAUAUUAAUAAUCAAAAAGUCUCUUAACAAAUCUUAUGCAGCAAAAACAUUAUUUAAAUUUUAUGUUUACCUAAAUGUUUAUAAAAAUUUAAAAAAAUGAAAAAAACAUUCCUAUGACACCUACUGACCUUAAAUUUAAAACAAAAAAAUAUGUCUUUAAUCUUUACAAGCAAUAUAUUAUCAAUAGUAAAUUAUUAUUACUGUAGCUGCAAUAAAGCGAAGUAAUUAAUUAAUUGAAUAGAAAUUAAAAAAAUAAAA